CAACUAGCAGCACUUGAAUAGAAUCGUCUCUCUCUUUUUUUUUACGUGAAUCUAAAAAGAAAAACAAAAAAAAACUACAUAUAACAUAUAAAAAACAGCAACAACAAGAUGAGUGGACACCCUUUUGCUUUUUCAUCUGCACCUCUCCGACGUGUCGAUGCCGUUCAGUUUGGUAUCCUUUCACCUGACGAGAUUAUAGCAAUGUCUGUCGCAAAAGUUGAAUAUCCUGAAUUAUAUGAAGAAGGCACACAAAAACCUAAGAAAGGUGGUCUAUUAGAUCCUCAAAUGGGUACUAUUGACCGUAACUACAAGUGUCAAACUUGUGGUGAAGGCAUGGCAGAAUGUCCUGGUCAUUUUGGUCACAUUGAAUUGGCCAAGCCUGUUUAUCAUAUUGGCUUUUUAUCCAAAGUGAAAAAGAUCCUUGAAUGUGUCUGUUUCCAUUGUUCAAAGCUUAAAGUAGAUGAUUCCAAUCCUCGUUUUGCAAGAGCAAGAAAGAUUACUGAUUCAAAAGCAAAACUUCGAGCAGUUUGGGAUCUUGCAAAAUCCAAAAUGACUUGUGAAGGCAGUGAUGAGACAGAAGGAGGAUUAGAAGAAAAAGAAGAAUUUGACAGCGGAAAGCGCAAGAGUAAGCAUGGCGGCUGUGGUUCCAAGCAACCCCUUAUUCGUAAAGAUGGCCUUAAGCUUUAUGCUCACUUCCGUGCUUCCGCAGCAGAUGAUAAUAAUGAAGGCAAAAAGCCUUUAACUGCGUCUAAAGUCUUGCAAAUUCUCAAGAAUAUUUCUGAUCAAGACAUUCGUGAUAUGGGUUUAUCCGAAGAGUUCGCUAGACCUGAAUGGAUGAUCACCACUGUAUUACCUGUUCCCCCUCCACAAGUGCGUCCUUCCAUUCAGAUGGAUGGUACCAGUCGAGGUGAAGACGAUUUGACUCACAAGCUCUCUGAUAUCUUGAAGGCAAAUGCCAAUGUCAAGCGCUGUGAAUCCGAAGGUGCUCCUGUUCAUGUUGUUCAAGAAUUCGAGCAGCUUUUGCAAUUUCAUAUUGCUACUUAUAUGGACAAUGAUAUUGCAGGUCAACCACAAGCCCUGCAAAAGUCAGGCAGACCUCUUAAAUCAAUUCGUGCUCGUCUCAAGGGUAAAGAAGGUCGUCUUCGUGGUAAUCUUAUGGGUAAGCGUGUUGAUUUCUCCGCACGUACUGUCAUUACUGGUGAUCCCAACUUGGCUUUAGAUCAAGUGGGUGUACCUCGUAGUAUUGCUCGUAACUUGACUUAUCCUGAAAUUGUCACUCCAUACAAUAUCGAUAAACUUCAAGCACUCGUUCGCAAUGGUCCCUUAGAGCAUCCCGGUGCUAAAUAUGUCAUUCGUGAUAACGGUGAACGUAUUGAUUUGCGUUACCGUAAGCGUGCUGGUGAAAUUCCUCUUCAAUAUGGUUACAGAGUCGAAAGACAUAUCAAUGACGACGAUGUUGUCAUUUUUAAUCGUCAACCUUCUCUUCACAAAAUGUCCAUGAUGGGUCACCGUGUCCGUGUGAUGCCCUAUUCCACUUUCCGUCUAAACUUGUCUGUCACUUCUCCUUAUAACGCUGAUUUUGAUGGUGAUGAAAUGAAUCUUCACGUACCUCAGUCCUUGGAAACUAGAGCAGAAAUCACUGAAAUUUGUAUGGUACCUAAGCAAAUUGUAUCUCCACAAUCCAACAAGCCUGUUAUGGGUAUUGUGCAAGAUACGCUCUGUGGUAUUCGUAAAUUUACAUUGCGUGAUUGUUUCUUGACAAAGGAUUUGGUGAUGAAUAUCGUUAUGUGGGUUCCCUCCUGGGAUGGUUAUAUUCCACCUCCCGCUAUCCUUAAGCCAAAGCCAAUGUGGACUGGUAAGCAAAUCCUGGCUAUGGUCAUUCCCAAAGGUAUCAAUUGUCAAACAUUCCACUCGACACAUCCUGAUGGUGAGACUACAUUGAUCUCACCUGGUGAUACCCGUGUCAUUAUUGAGAAUGGUGAGCUGAUAUGUGGUAUUGUCUGUAAAAAGACAGUUGGUACUGCUGGUGGUGGUCUUAUUCACACAAUCAUGAACGAAUUAGGCCCUGAAGCAGCCAAGAACUUCUUGGGCGGUACUCAACAAGUUGUCAACUACUGGUUGUUACAAAACGGUUUCAGUAUCGGUAUUGGUGAUACUAUUGCUGAUAAACCAUCCAUGGCUACUAUCACAAACAUCAUUUCUCAAGCCAAGCAACGUGUGCAAGAAGUGAUUAUUACUGCUCAACAAGAUAAACUUGAAGUCCAGCCUGGUAUGACAUUGCGUGAAUCCUUUGAAGCCAAGGUUAACCAAACCUUGAACAAGGCUCGUGAUGAUGCUGGUAAAAUGGCUCAAAACAGUUUAAAGGAAGACAACAACGUCAAACAGAUGGUCAUUGCUGGUUCAAAGGGUUCCUUUAUCAAUAUUUCUCAAAUGUCUGCCUGUGUCGGUCAACAAAACGUCGAAGGUAAACGUAUUCCUUAUGGUUUCAAGUUCCGUACAUUACCACACUUUUCAAAGGAUGACCACAGUCCAGAAAGUCGUGGUUUCGUAGAAAACUCUUAUUUGAGAGGUUUGACACCAACUGAAUUCUUCUUCCACGCUAUGGGUGGUCGUGAAGGUCUUAUUGAUACUGCUGUCAAGACUGCUGAAACUGGUUAUAUUCAACGUCGUCUUGUGAAAGCUUUAGAAGAUGUGAUGGUCAAAUACGAUGGUACUGUCCGCAACUCAUUAGGUGAUAUCAUCCAAUUCUGUUAUGGUGAAGAUGGUAUGGAUGCCAUGGCUGUUGAAAGUCAAAAGUUCUUUUCUCUCAAGUGCAACGAAGACGAAUUUGAAAAGCGCUACAAGAUUGAUGUGAUGAAUCAAGGUUUCAAGAAGGGAGCACUCAACUACAAUGUUCUCAAGAGCAUUGAAGGCAGUGAACAGGCUCAAUCUUACUUGGACCAUGAAUUAUAUCAAUUGUCAGAAGAUCGUCAAAAGUUGCGUACACAAAUCUUUAAGCAUGGCGAUGAUAAAUGGCCUUUACCUGUUAACCUUCAGCGCCUUAUCACGAACUCACAGCAAAUCUUCCAUCUAGAUCCUCGCAAACCUUCUGAUAUCCACCCAUUGCAAAUUGUGGAUGGUAUCAACGCUCUAGCACAACGUUUGCUUGUUAUUCGUGGUAAUGACAAGAUCUCUAGCGAAACACAAAGAAAUGCUACAUUACUCUUCCAGAUCUUGCUUCGUUCUACUUUUGCUGUCAAGCGUGUAGUUGAAGAAUUCCACUUGACUUCUCAAGCCUUUGAAUGGAUUCUUGGAGAAAUUGAAUCUCGUUUCUUGACUUCCAUUGUCGCACCUGGUGAAAUGGUUGGUACAAUUGCUGCUCAAUCUAUUGGUGAACCAGCUACACAAAUGACAUUGAACACUUUCCACUAUGCUGGUGUGUCCAGUAAGAACGUUACACUUGGUGUACCUCGUUUGAAGGAAAUCAUCAACGUUGCUAAGAAUAUCAAGACACCCCGUCUCGAAGUAUGGCUUGAUGCUGAACGAUCUCGUAAUAUUGAAUUGGCAAAGGAAGUCCAAGUCAACCUUGAACACACUACAUUACAAAAGGUUACUUCUGUGACAGAAAUUUAUUAUGAUCCUGAUCCACGCAACACAGUGAUUGAAGAAGAUGUUGACUUUGUUGAUACAUACUAUCAACUUGAAGAUGACAAUUCUGCCUUCGUUACUCGUGUUUCUCCAUGGUUGCUUCGUAUUGAAUUGAACCGUGAUUUCUGAAGAAUUCCGUAACGAUCUUCACGUGAUUGGUAGUGAUGAAAACUCUGAGAAAUUGAUCGUACGUUGUAGAGUGAUGAUGGAUGAA